AUGUACUCAAAGACAUGCCUGGUUUUACUGGCCACAUCCUGGGCCUUCUUACAGAGUGUUCGGGCAGUGUCUCCUGCAAUUGACGACACAGCCCUGGACCCUCUUGACGAGCGGGCAAAUUUGCAGAAGCGCGCAACGCUGGAGGAGCGUGGAAGCCCCGCUGCUCUUAGCUCUUUCCUCUCUGAGGUUUCUGCGGCUCAAGCAACUCAAGCCGGCCAGGCUACGGCUGCACCCAGUGCUCCUGCUGGUGCUGCUCCGGGUGGUAGUUCUCCAGGAGGAGGUUCUCCCAGUGCUCCUGCCGGCGGUAUUCUCGGAGGAGCUGCCCCUAGUGGUGGUGCACCCAGUGGUCCCGGUGGUGCUCCUCCCAGCAGUGGUGCUCCUCCCAGCGGUGGUGCUCCUCCCAGCAGUGGUGCUCCUCCCAGCAGUGGUGCUCCUCCCAGCGGUGGUGCUCCUCCCAGCAGUGGUGCUCCUCCCAGUGGUGGUGCUCCUCCAAGUGGCGGUGCUCCCGGUGGUGGUGGUGCCUUUAUAGGAGGUGCUCCAAGUGGCGGUGGUGCUUCUCCAACUGGCGGUGCUCCCGGUGGUGGUGGUGUCUCUAUAGGAGGUGCCCCAGGUGGUGGUGCUCCAAGUGCUCCCGGUAGUGCUCCCAGUGGUGGUGCUCCAGGUGGAGGCGCUGCGUCUAGCCAUAUCAGUCCUUCGGGCCUAGGUGCACCUAGCGGCGGCGGAGCAGUUGUUGUGGCAUCUACUCCAGCUGUGACAAACACCAUCCCGCAAUCGACACCGAUAACUGUUGAACUAUGCCCGGGCUCGUUUUCCUCACUGUGUGCGGCUUGUCCCUCCGUCGUCGUCACGACAACUGUCACCGUCACUAGCUGUCCGCCUGCUGCCCCUCCUGCUGCCUCUCCUCCCACUGGAGCCGGAGCCGGGGCUACUCCUAGUCCUGGAGCUAGCGCUCCUCCUAUCGGUGCUGGUGUAGGUUCGGGUGCAGCUGCAUCUUCGUCCACACCUUCAGUCGGACUCAGCUCCCCGGUAUCAUCUCGCUCAAUUGGUCUAGGCAACAGCAUCAGCGUGGGACUUUCUUCUACCGGACUAGUCGCUUCACCAGCAGUCAGAACAUCGACCUCGUUGACCCCCACCAGCAGUGGUGCGGGUCCCAGUACAAGAGCUGAGUUAUCCAGCACGCCUCUGACACUUCAAACGUCGGCGACAGCUGGUUCUAGUGUAGGAGCUAGCGGAGUCUCGCCCGCAGCUCAAGCCACGGCCAGUUCGGGCAGACCAUUGAUCACCCCCGGUGUCGUGCGUCGCGAAAUUCUGGGUAAUAUGACGGCUGUCUUCACCAAUACGACCACCACCAUCUUCACGAAUGUGACCAGUCUCCUGAAUACCACUUCAACUGAGCUUUUGUCGACUUCGCUGUCUGAGGUGACUACGACUUCGAAUGCGGCAAUACCAGUUAAAUUCCGUCGACUACGGGAUCGGGGUUAG